UCCAUUUCUGCACCAAUGCUAUUCGACACCGAGCAACUUACUUUUUAAUGGGACCACCAUUUCGUCGCAGGUUGGUGCUCAGCAGGGUGAUCCGUUAGGACCUCUUAUAUUUUGCUUGGCAAUUCAGAAAGUUGUUUCUUCUCUGGAUUCACCCCUAAAUGUUUGGUACUUGGACGAUGGGACUAUUGGGGGUAGUCCAGAGACAGUGUUGAAUGACCUUCAUAAACUCGUGCCAGCGUUGAGGGAGAUAGGUCUGGAGGUGAACCCUGCUAAGUGCGAGCUUUUUUGCUGCGACUCGUCUGUUGGUGUACGGACAGAUUUUGAAGAGGUGUUGCCCGGCUUGCGGUACCUUCAGAAAUCUUCUUUGUGCCUUUUAGGAGCGCCAAUUUUUCCUGAGGGUGUCGGUGCUGCACUUGAAGAUAAAAGGUUAGCGUUGGUUCGGGCCAAGGAACACCUGGGAAACUUGUCUGCGCAUGUUGCGCUUAUUCUGCUGCGGAACUGUUUUGCUGCACCGCGUAUAAUGUACAUUCUAAGAACAGCUCCAACCUGGUUGUUUCAAUCUGAAGUCGCAGCGUUAGACGAGACAAUCAAGGGGGUGCUUGAAUCCAUCUUGAAUGUACAUUUGGAUGAAACGCAGUGGUGUCAAGCAGCCCUUCCAGUCCGUCACGGUGGGUUGGGAAUACGGCGCUGUAGAGAGUUGGGAGUGGUGGCAUUUCUUGCUUCGGCUCACGGGACAUUGGGUCUUGUUGCUCGGAUCUUAUCUAACAAUGGUGACAUUACCCAGGUACCGUUUGCUUCGGAGGCGUUAGCCAAGUGGACUACUUUCUACGGUGGCGGGGAUCAGCCCGAAAAUCCCAUUGUGCAGAGGGGCUGGGACGACAUGUUGUGCAAGAAGACUGUUGCAAACAUGCUAGAGGGAGCGGUGGGAUCCAACUUGGCCCGCCUUAAAGCCGCUUCUAGGGUUGAGUCAGGGGCGUGGCUGCACGCAUUACCUUCCCCGUCACUGGGCACGCUUUUGGACAAUGACUCCUUAAGGAUCGCGGUGGCCUUGCGAUUGGGGUGUAAGGUGUGCGAGGCGCAUCGGUGCGUUUGCGGGGUCAUGGUUGAGGAAGACGGUCACCAUGGUCUCAGCUGCUUGAAGUGCGCGGGACGUUUCUCGAGGCAUCAUGCUAUCAAUGAUGCAAUCCGCCGGGCUUUGGUGUCGGCCAACGUUCCUUGCGUUUUGGAACCUCCAGGGUUGUGCCGCACGGAUGGAAAGAGGCCUGACGGUCUGACAUUGGUUCCAUGGCAGAAGGGUCGGUGUCUCUUAUGGGACGCGACGUGCGUCAGCACGUUUGCGCCGUCCCACUUGAACCUUACGGUUAGGUCUGCAGGGUCAGCCGCGGAGUAUGCGGCCAAAAUGAAGCAUGCCAAAUACUCUGCCCUGGAACCAAUGUACGACUUUGUGCCAGUCGCAGUCGAAACUGCGGGACCUUGGGCUCUGGAGGCGAAGGAGUUCAUAAGGGAUUUGGGCCGGCGGCUAAGGGACAAGGGAUGUGACCCUCGGUCCGGAUCGUACCUGGUCCAACAGAUCUCAUUGGCUAUUCAGCGUGGUAACGCUGCCGGUGUGAUGGGGACAUUUGAACCGGGUACGAUUCGGGACGGUUUUAUUUAGCUUAAAGUAAAUAUUUUAUGUGUGACGAAGCCUGUUGCGGAUAUCAUCAUUGGUUUGUUUGACGAAGCAUGUUGUUGAUUUGGAUUUGUGGCCACAUGACGAAG